AAGGACGCGGCCGCAUUCCGCACCGCACCACUACACCCGAGAUGACACACAUACCGGCGCGCGCUGCCCAAGUGUGAGUGGGAAAUACAUUAAUGUCCAAGUACAUAAGGCACUUUUGCACUAUGCUAACGCUAGCCCGUUAUUCUCUAUAGCCAUUGUGGAAUUCCUUAUUACGAUGCAACGAGUCGCUAUCACUGAAUUGCUGAGAAAACGCCAAUUUAGUUCGAUGCUUGUGGUCUUGUGCCGUUAAAUAAGAAGGCUUUGACACCCAGAUGGUACAUCAUAGUAAAAGUUUUACAUAUGUCGCAGAUGGGAAACAAGAGUUGGAUAAACACACUACCUACUGAAAUUGAAACAGUUUGAUACGCAGCGAAUUGUGGCAAACACUAAUCUUGCGGGCAGCAUCCACCGAAGCGAAUCGAAUACAAAUGUGCUGGCGGCCGAAGCAAAAACUGCUGAAUAAUAUCCCUCGCUAGUCUAGCACUCGCAGUAGAGCAGCGGCGGUUGUCGUUCAGCAAGCGGAGCGGGCGCGGGCGCGGUGACGGUCGCGAACGCAGGCGCGGGCGGCGCGGGGGCGUGCGCGGCGCGCAUGGCGAGCGCAGGCGCGCAGUACCGCGGCGGCGCGCAGCAGUGGCCGGCGGCCUACACGCCGCAGCCCUGCCGCUACCCGCCGCCGCCGCAGCCCUACGCAGCAGCGCCUAGCCCUUACACGCCGCACCAAUACAGCGGCGCGACGAUGGGAGGCGGCUGCGGAACGGGAGGCGCGCGGGUGCCGACGGCGGCGUCGCCGGCCAACACGGCGUCAUCGUCCUCGUCCAACACGGGCUCGGCGGGCGGCACGCGCUCCACUAGCCUGAGCACUGCGCCCCCGCCCCCCGCCUCCACGGCCUCCACCGCCGGCGGACAGGUCGGCGAACAGCUCAGCCGCACCAACCUAUACAUACGCGGCCUUAGCCAAAACACCACCGAUAAGGACCUCGUCCAAAUGUGCCAGAUGUAUGGCAACAUUAUUUCAACAAAAGCAAUAUUGGAUAAAAAUACGAAUAAAUGUAAAGGUUACGGUUUUGUAGAUUUUGAAACAAUCGCGUCGGCGGAGGCAGCUGUUAAAGGAUUACAAGCCAAAGGUGUUCAGGCCCAGAUGGCUAAAGUGGGUAUCUGGUUCCUGCGUAGACUGAACCGUCAACAAGAGCAGGACCCAACCAACCUGUACAUGGCGAACCUGCCGCCCCACUUUAAGGAAAAUGAUGUGGACCAGCUCUUAGCCAAGUUUGGACAAGUGGUGUCAACAAGGAUCCUGCGCGAUACCCACGGCCACAGCAAAGGUGUUGGCUUUGCGCGGAUGGAGUCUAGGGAGAAAUGCGAGCAAAUUAUCCAAAUGUUUAACGGGAACGCAAUCCCUGGUGCAAAGGAGCCCCUAUUAGUAAAAUUCGCCGACGGAGGCAACAAGAAGAAAGCGCUUUAUAACAAGCAAAACGACAACAAUGGAAGAGCGUGGCGGGACACCAAUGAUUCCAUUACGCAGGCCAUGAGCGCCGGCGGCGUUUACGCAGGCGGCGUAGGCGCAGCGGGCGCAGGCGGCGAGUGCGCAGGCGUGUACCGUGGCGGUGCAAGCGUGUAUAGCGUGACGGCGUUCCACCCUCACGCGCAACUCCACCACCACCACCACGCCGCUCACCCGACCGCCUGGCUGGCCCCCUACCCCGCGCUCAUCCCCUCGACCCACCCCGCCCACCACGCGGCACAUCCUGCGCAUCCCACACACAUACCCAUCGACUCUGUGCCUAGCCAAUACGUAAACUGGGACAGCAUAAGGCCGGAAAGUGAAUUAUACUACUUCGCGUCGCAUCCGUACCAGUACUUCCCGGGUCCGACUCAGCCCAUCAUCCAGCUGCCCAUGGAGAGCGAACACGCGUCGACGGCGGCGUCCCCGGACGAGGCCUACCAGACGUACCCGCCUCCCAAGUAGAUCAUAAGCCACGCUACGACAAUCCGAGCUGUACACGAGCCAAAAAUCAAAGCACUGUGACUUUUUACAAUGUUAAUUUGUUUUAGUUUUAAUUUGCGGCCGUUAUAGACUUCAUCGAAAAUUCCGCUCGCGCGGCGCCUCUAGUUUAUAGCCUACGUGUUCGCCUCGUGAUCGUAAGGGCUCGCCUCGAGUCCUCUGGCUUGCCUGGACGUUGAUUCGCUGUGAUGUUUUGAUGAGGUCUUGUGACGGUUCGAGGAGAGGAUUUGAUGUAUAGAUAUAGCUGCAAUUUUAAAGCGUUUUUAUUACAUUAUAAUUUUAUUAUUGUUUUAUGAAAGAAUAAAUUUAAGAUUUUAGGCCCAGGUUCCGAACGUUGAAAAGAUUAUUUAAGAUAGUUAGGUAUUUAUUUUAGCAUAGUAUAUAAUUUUAUAAUUGAAAUUUCAAAGUUACUCGUCCUUCGGACGAGAGAUAUUCGUGAAAUUUUUACUUUCUAAUCAACCUAAAUCAGUGUCAUAAUUAAUAUGAUAAGAAAUCUAAAAACGUGCAUCAGAUAAAUUGAACAAUGAAGUCAACAAAAUGCGUGCAAUCCAGACAUAAAGAAUCUUGUAGGUAUAGAUAUUUAUCAAAAAUAUUUAUAUUAUUUUCUUUAAAUUUAUUUUCCUAUCUACAUCGGUUUUAGAAGAAAGCAAUAUCUAUGAAGAAAGGAGUUGGAUAGAGGGAUAAGUGGAAAUGGUCAUAUCAUGUGGAAUCAAAGAUUUAUACUAACUAAAAUAAAAUGAGAUGACUUAGGCGUGUAGGACUAGAGGUGAAUUGUACACUUUGUUGUGUACCUACUAUGGAUAUUAUGGUGAAGAUAGAAUCUUCCUUGAAAAAAAAAGUAUUUUUAAAAUACAUUCGAAAGAGUUACUCUUAUUGCUUGUUAUGUGUAGGAACCGGAGACGCAAACUGCUUUAUUGAACACGUAUCAAAUAUUUGAUAGACUGCCUUCGCGCAAGCGCGCGGGCCCUGCUCAACGCUUGCGCUCGCGUGGUUUUAUAUGUGUAAAGUUAAAGAGUUCGGUUGGGCGUGGUGCUUUAAUCAUUUGAUUUCAACCUAUACAGUAUUAUCUAAAAUACAUAAUACAUAGUUUUACCGGCGCAGUCUUCCAUGGAUCACAAAUCAUAUAUUAGAAAUUUAUUUUACCCUGUGCCUGAACAGCAUGACCGCUCGAGUCACUUAAUAUUAACAUCUAUAUGACGCCAUUUGAAUAGAAAGAAGCCGUUACGGUUAUUUUGUUCCGUAGAAAUAAUAAACUUAACAUCACAGCUAGCGUUCUAACUUCUCGCUGUAUAUUUUGUAUAUGAUGCAAUAGGUUUUCACUACUAAAAACGUCGUUGCCAAACCCAAGAACAGACUGAAUUUAUGUAUACUGUAACUUCCCACAUUUGUUGAUCCGUGUUUCUCACCUACCUAGUCCCUGUAACGUAGUGGUGACCACAGUAGUGGUCGGCGUCACGUCACGUGACGUCACGUGGUCACGCAUCGCUUUAGGCACUUCGGGCGUGCCCUACUCAAACGGCACGGUAACAUUUAGCAAUAAGCAGUUGUAUGUAAAGUCUAUUUAUACAUUUUACGAGUGUAUACAAAUUUUUGUACGUUAAAAACUCAUGUUUGAAUACGUGAUUAACGAAGUGAUCCUUUUUUGAGAAUCAUGUACUGAGUCAACUGUAGUCGUUAUUUUGUAGGCGGUCGGCACAUUCCACUAGAAAACUUCAAACAAAAAUUCCACGAUUGAUUUCCACAUUAUAAAUGGAUUUGAAAUCCAAAGUGUAUGACACCUUUUGGUGUAAAUAAGCACUUUUUGUACCAUCACGUAGGUUUUGGGUACACUUUAUGACUUUAUAUGAAAUUUGAUAUUUUUAUAUUGAAUAUAUAUAAAUUAUACAUGGAUAUGUAUACAUGUAUAUACAUUGUUGAUGGGUACGAGUAAAAGCCUACUAUAUCGCAACUGUUUAAUUCUAUUUUGGCACGUCAAGAGUUUCAUCAGAACCAAAGUAUACAAAUCAUUAAAGUCGAGUAAGAAGUAGGAAAAUAUUUAUACAACUCAGGGACUGAAGACUAGUUAAAUGUUUGAUAUAUUAACUGUAUUUUAACUGACGAUUAAGCGAUAAUCUCACGACUUUGUUCAAAACCUGUAAACUGGAAUUCAAUAAACAUUACAGGAACUGAGACUAUGACGGCAGGUUUUGAAUGAAUAAAGUAGAUUUUGAAGGAAUAAGUAGAUCUGUGUUUGUUUUCUGUUUAUUUUUAUUCAGGAAAAGGCUGAAUUGUACUGUUGUUCCGUAAUGAGUUAUUUUUUAGAAUGUACAUAAAUUAGCUGGUGAUUUGUCACUUGUUUGCGAAUGUAUAAUAACACCGCUAUGAUUAACGUAGAGGCACCGCUAUACGGACGGCACGAGCUCUAAGCCCCGCUGACUGCCUGAACCGACACUAACCCGACUCACGUCACAAAGGCUAAUCUAAAGUGAGAUUUUUAUUAGUGUAACGUAUCAGACGUACUGACCCAUAAUACUCCGUAGAUCAGUAUUAUUCUCGCAUAAUUUCUGAUCAAGCCAAAUUUAUUGAACUGACUAAGAAACCGCCUUUACUUCUUGUGAAAUAUAAUAACCAUGAAGUGCAAUGUAGUACCGAGUGUUGCGUGGUACUUAGUUAAGUAAUUUGAUCGUUUAGUGUUCGACGUACACUGUGGCUUCCUGUGAAAGCAGUCUUCCGAUAGAUGUUUCCGCUAACUUUGCAUUUAAAUUGAUGUCGAUGUAUUAAAACAUUUUACUUGUGUAAUGUGUACAGUACUCCCUAUUCCUCUUUUGUUUUCCCGUACCGUGUAAAUCCUUUUCGAGUCCCGUUCUCAAGUUUACGAUAUAAUUCAUUCCACAAUGCAAAUUGUUGUUCCCUAAGUAAUGCAAAUAAUUAGAGUAAUCACACAAGAUAAUGUAAGUGACUUGUAUCAUAGAGUGGCACGGACCGUGUUAGAGUAGCACCGUCGAGAGUGAUAAUUUAGCACGAAAUUAUUUUUCUUAAUGCUUUCCUUCCAUUUAAGCAAUAAAAUUAAUUUGAUGGUAGUGCCUUCAGCUUCCUUUAAAAUAAUGGAUCAGAUGAUACAGUAGCAGUUGCAUGUGCUUUACACAAUAUUUUUACAGGUAAUAGAGAACUUACCGUAUUCAUAAACGUAGCGAUAAUGUAAAGACUAUGAUUAAAAAAAUAUUUUGUAACAACUAAAAAACAAAUAAUGUGGCUGUCUAAUCGUUGCAUUUUUCACACAUGAUGUAAAAAUUAACUCGGAAAGUAAAAUAGUAGAUGUUCCUAGUUACUCGCUUCGACAUUGUUGGCAUGUGAUACGAGAAGCAUCACCUAGGCUCCGGCGCCUGUGACAGAUUGCACAAACGUUGCAUGUCGGGAACCAAUACUUAAAAACCAAAACUAUGAUUCAUCUAAAUCAUGUCGAUAGAAUUGAAGUGUUAAGUAAAUGUUUUAAAAUUAAGUCGUUAAAUAUAAGAGAACGCUCGACUCGUUUUGAAAAAGUGAAUAGUGAAGCUCUAGGGACGACGACGAACGAUGGCUAGUUUGUAGACUAGGCUUAACUUAUAGAUAGGAUAGAAUAGAAAAAAAUGUUUCGACGCUAAGAUAGAUAGAAUAGAACCCUAGAUUAAUAUAUUUCCAAUGUGCGUGGCGCGCGCGCUCCGCUCGCCUCUAGGGUAGUUUCCUUUAUUAGUUUAUUAAAUAAUUUAAUUUGAAUGGACUGAAGGCGACCGGUGCGCACGCGCCUCCGCUCUAGCGUAAGACCAGGCUAAGGGAAUUAGUGAACACAUUCAGGAGAUAAGUUUCAGUUGAACAAGUUUGCUUUCACUUCUUUUGUUAUGUAGUGACUAAGUGUAAAGAAAGAAAACUAAAUGAAAAAAAUCUGUCGGAGGUAUUGAUACGAAUGUACUUGUCCAAUGUGUAUUAUUAUAGUGUGGUGUUCUACCGAUCAGACUAGUCUAGUAGUAGAAUAGUUUAGAUAAAAAUUUAGUUAGGUAGUCUAGAAAUAUAAAAUGCAAAAAUAAAACUUGAUAAAAUGUAAAAAAAAAA